CAAGUGGAUGAAAAAGAACUUACUUCUCGUCCUUACCGUUCUCGCUGUUGCUGUAGGAAUAGCAGUCGGAUUUGUUGCAAGAAAAUUUUUAUACAGCAAUGAUACCGUUAUGGUUGUAUCUUUCCCAGGUGAACUUCUCAUGCGAAUGCUUAAAAUGCUAGUUCUACCGCUCAUCAUAUCAUCUAUGAUAUCAGGUUUGGCACAACUAGAUGCAAAAGCGUGUGGGAAAAUGGGAUCAUGGGCUCUGUUGUACUAUAUAUCGACUACAAUAUUUGCUGCUGUUUUAGGUAUAAUCCUUGUCCUUGGUAUUCAACCUGGUGACCCAACUAUAAAAGAACAGCAUGAUUACAAUGGAGAUACACGACAAGUAUCUACUUUGGAUGCCUUUCUAGAUCUAAUAAGAAAUAUGUUUCCAGAAAACUUAUUAACAGCUUGUUUCCAGCAAGUAGAAACUGUGUUUAAGGCCAAUUCUAGAUAUGUUGCAGCAUCUCCCAUGGAUUAUGUAGAUGGUGAAGUCACACUGAAGAAUGAUUCCUUUCUCUUAACUUACUUCGAAAGGUCACAAGUUUAUAAAGAUGGUACUAAUGUCUUAGGCCUCAUCGUUUUUUGUAUAGCAUUUGGCAUCAUCGCUGGCCAGCUUGGUGAAUUUGGAGCACCAAUGGUUCAUUUCUUUGUCAUCUUGAAUGAUAUUAUAAUGAAGAUUGUGAUUCUCAUCAUGUGGUAUUCUCCAAUUGGCAUCAUGUCUUUGAUAAUUGGAAAAAUUAUGGCCAUCAAGGACUUAGCAAAGACAGCCGAGCAACUGGGUCUCUAUAUGCUGACAGUAGUAAUAGGAUUGGCUAUUCAUGCUUGCGUGACUCUGCCUUUCCUCUAUUUUAUUAUUACUCAUAAGAACCCUCUCACUUUCUUCAAGGGAAUGCUUCAAGCUUGGGUAACAGCUUUGGGAACGGCUUCUAGUGCAGCUACUUUACCAGUCACUUUCCGCUGUUUGGAAGAAAACAAUGGCAUCGACAAAAGAGUAACACGCUUUGUUCUUCCAGUUGGAGCGACAGUUAAUAUGGAUGGAACUGCCUUAUAUGAAGCAGUAGCUGCUAUUUUCAUAGCACAAAUGAAUGGGAUAUCGCUAUCAGCAGGCCAAGUAAUAUCAAUUAGUUUAACAGCUACUGCUGCAAGCAUUGGAGCAGCAAGUGUACCAAGUGCUGGUCUUGUCACAAUGUUAUUAGUAUUGACAGCUGUAGGAUUACCAACUGAAGAUAUUUCAAUGAUUGUUGCUGUUGAUUGGCUACUAGAUCGUGUAAGAACUUCAAUUAAUGUCCUGGGUGAUGGAUAUGGGGCUGGAAUUAUUCAUCAUUUAUGCAGAGGUGAGUUGGAAACUAUAAACACAGACAGAAUUCAAGUGGAAAUCCAUGACAGAUAUUCAACGAUUGAAAGUAAUCGAAGCUCAUUUCAUCAUAGAGUUAAGCGUACAGUUUUAAACUGCAGCAAUUCAUCUUUACACAUACCAGAAGAUAACACAAAUGAAACCUCAAUAUAGCUCUUUCUAUAAAAUCUGUGAUAAAAGAAAUGAUAUUUAUCAUUUGGUUGAAAAUGAAUGCUAAAUCAAAUUUUAACACUAGAAUAUGACCUCAGAAACACUGAAGGCAAUACAAACUUAGAAAUUCAAAUGUAAUGCAAUAUAUGAUUAUUACGAGUUGAGCUGCUAAAUUUUAGGAAGAUAUUCUAUGAGUAAAAGCAGAAAAUAUUUGUAAAUACAGAGUGAAAUGUAUAUAUUUUCAGUUUAUGGAACAAGAAAGAUUGGUAGCUGUCUAAAAUACAAAAUAUUUGACAUGGAAAUGAAUGAUCAGAACACAUACAGACAUAAUCAUCAGUGUUUGAAAUGAAAGCCAUUCAGUAGUGGCACAAGUCUGAUCUCAUUAACUGAAAGAUAUGCUUAAAGAAUCCAGAAAAUUUUUGACACAUAUACAAUGGCCUCAAUCUGCUAUAAAUUUGUCUGAAGUAACAACAAGAUGUACACAAAUCCUGGUGUCAAGUUAUUCAUGUGAAAAAUUCAAUGGCUUCAUUACAAGAAGUCAAGCUAGCAAUGCAAAUGUAUGCUACCUUAUCCAUCCCAUGCACAAUUGAUUUCAUUGAACAUUCUGCACAAAAUGUGCAUCAUUUCAUCAUGCAUGAUAUAUUCAUAAUGUAUGAUAUGCCUAUCAUGUAUGAAUUAUCUUGAUAUAUGGCUAGGCACAUAUCAUCCAACAGCAACAGUGCAUCUCCAAAAGACACUUUAGAAACACAACUAUAAAAAGUUGAGCUCUUUGGUGGAAUGGAAGGAAACAGAAUCCAAUUAGAAUAGCAGUGAUGAUGUCACAUAUUCAACUGAAAAUGUGCAUAAUAUUGAUCUGGGCAAAGGCAUGUAAAUAGAUUAUCAACUAAUAAUCCAUGCUGUGAAAGUCAGUCAUACCAUCAAGCUGAAACAAUGCUUUAUUUCUUAACAUUUUGUUCGCAACAAAUGUAGGAUUUCUGGUAAUUUUCAAUUGCAACUACUGCACAAACUUGGGUAAUUAGCAACUGUUAGAAUCUAUAUGCACUGAAUACAACAGGCUCAGCUUAGUGCAGCAUCUAGAAUAUGCCAGGGUACUGUCAGAUAGAAUAUGCCAUCUGAUGCAAGCAUUAUGUUCCUACCAAAUUACUUUUUACACUCUUGUAAGCUAAAUUCAUGUCUGUACAUUGCACAUCUGAUUAGUGAGUUGUCAUAUAGCUAUCAACAGGCAUGUCUUCUACAGUCUCUAUUUAAUAUAUAUUUUUUGAAAAAAGAUAUCCUACAGAAAAUAUCUGAUAAUAUAAUUGGGUACUGGUCCUUUACUGCAGCUGUUAGAUCAUUUAUCUAUAUAUUGAAGACGUAUCUGACAUGUUCAAUGGAAUCUGAAAAUUUUAUGCUUUUCUGAUCACUCCCCCUCCCAAUCAUAGUCUCAACAACGUUUAUCAAUUUUUUCUUUUCUUUUUUCUUUCAACAAUAUAUCAAUAACUUUUAUACAAAUCACAAAAUAAUUUAUUUAAGUAAUAUGAAAUAUUAAAAUUUCCAUCCCUCUUAAAUAUUCCUUUUUGUAUACAUAGCUAUAAUUUUACUGUACAUUCAGUUUGCGUAUUUGUAUACAAAUCGGAAAAACAAAAAUAACAGUUGUACUCAGUAAUUCACGAACACAAAUGAAAUUUCAGAUACAGAAUUUCAUGCAAAGGCAACCUUGUGAAGCAUUCUUUUUGAACAAUUAUAGACUAUCAUUAAACUGCCACCUUAUCUAUGACAGGUCACCAUCAUAGAUAAGCGCGCUGUCCUGGUGUGGCCACCAUAUUCUAGACUGAAAGGAAUGCUACUUUCAAGCUUAAAUUGCCUAAAAGACAUCAAAAGCUUAUCAUAAAAAUCCUUAUUGUAAAUUCCAUUCAAUAACUGUUUUAGUGGCAAUACAAGCAUAUACCAAAUCCUUAUUUAUUUUCGUCCACAGAUUUUGAUCCUUUAUUCCUUCUUUCCUUUAUUCUAUUUUAUAGUCCUUCAUACUAUAAAAUAAUUCCAGCCUUAUCAUAAAUACCUAUACCUGGCAAACUAUAUUUGUAAUAAAUAUAAAAUAGUCCUUAAUUUCUGAGAUGUAAUUAAAAUAAGUGAUGGGAAGUUCUCUCAUUUUGUUGUUGGACAAUUUCUUUUUUGUCUAAUAUUCUUGAUAUUUUCAGUUUUAAAAUUCCAGUACACAAAAUCUCACUUAUAUGUGAAUUAUAACAAAGCAAAAUUUUAUACUUCUCUACUUUACAUGUGACAAAACAGCAGGGGGGCUACAAAUUUAAGAGACUUACCAAAAAUGUUAAUUAAAAUAAAUAAAUAAGGGAAUGUUAAUGGCAAUCUUUAAAAAAAAUUCAGUAACAUAAAUCUUACCACUGUCUGCAAGCAGUGAACCAGCUGGCUAACGUGAAGAGCUUUCUUUUUGCGAAAAUAUUUUACACUGCAUUUGCUUAUGACUUCCAUGGUUGUAUGUAUCUUCAUUUCAUGCCUUUUUUUAGAAAUCUAAGUGCAGGGCAAAAUACCCUUUUUGGGGAAAAUGCAAUAACUUCAUUUUUACUUGAAUCAUGCAAACUGAAAAUUAUCAUCAUUUUGAAUUUUUUUAAAUAAUAAUAAGAGUUCACAAUUCAUAUUGCUCAAUUUUAGUGUGCUAUAUCAUUUAUCGAUUCCUUGCUGAUCACCAGUAAAACCAACAAUUACUGAAAAUUUGAAACACCAAAGGAAGUCAAAAAGUCUAAUGUGACCUUGUUGUUAAAAUAUGUUAACUUAAAACAAUUAGCGUAAUUUCCGGAAGAAACGCCGCGGCGUUUACGUGUUUAAAACUUAAAUUUUCAGCGUGUGCGGCAUUUCAACCCAUGUGGCAUUUAGGUGCACUAAAAAUAAAAUAUUUCCUAUGAUGGUCAUUGUACAUAGUUUGGAUGGCCUUGUAAUUAUGCAUAGACUGGUGCUGUUCCCACACAGACCACUCAGUUGCUUUUUGUGAACG